CCUCACAGCCCGCACGGCAGCAGGACGAUGCCAUAGCAGCGACAACACAAAAGCGAAAGCAAACUUGUCUAUAUAUUAGCUUCAAACGACGAACAACGAGGACAAGUACUUGCUGGGGAAGAAGAUCAGUGGUAGCAUCAUUGGAGGUCAGUAAAGUGUUUCUGGAAGCAAAGCUACGGUCGUGGACAAUAUAACGACGCAGUGAAGAAUUUCGGUCCUUUUACCGUUAUACUAGCGCCAGCAAGGUUUAAUGCGAUUACUACUGCAUGUUGUGUCUUAAAAGCUUGUGAUGCCCGUUCCACCACCUACAAGGGGACCAAGUGCUUACACCGAAGACAGUACUGACGAAUACGAGUUCGAAGCGUGUGCGAAGUCCUUUGCCAAUGACCGUCAGUGGAAACGUAUGCAUCGCCUGUGUCUCUACUGCCAGCCUGUUAGUAUUCACCUAGGCAAGCGGACGGACCUGGGCAUCUUCUGAAAACCGACCACGCACGCCCACGUGGUAUCGAUAGCACGCGAAAAAGGUGGAUAGCGUCGAAAGGAUUUGGAGACAGAAAGAGGAGGACAGAAAGGGAAAAGUUGCGCGAACAGAGACGAUAUGCAACUGUUGUCGUUAUUAUAGUAAGGCGUUGGCUUGUGUUAGUUAUCUGAUCAAGCAAUAGGCCACACACAAUUUGCCUCUGUUUCUCUGCUCGAAUGCUAUAUUCGUUUACAAUUGUUACGUUCAUAGAUGGUUCGUGAACGUGCUGUUUGUGGCCAGUGCGUGUGUGUGCGUCUGUGUCUGUCUAUGUGUGUGUCAACUAUUGCCAGCCUCUUUGUAACUUCUGACUAGCAAGCGGGAACUUGCGUUGGAAGUCGACGUUUUCUAGAGAACCUAAUCGUGUUUUGCUGUGGACGAACGAGAAGCAAUCAGGGAAGCGGAACUUAAUAGUAGGACACUUGAACCUUCACUUCCUUUUUGUGUUAUACCUGAAACAGAUAGCGUUCACGUGUCGCAGGCCACGAAGACUGUGAGACAGUGCUAUCUAUUGUCCUCUGUUUAUCAAAAGGCUGCUGUAUCAAGAUUGUCCUUCGUUCAUUCGUGAUGGACCUAUCUGUUCGCUCUGGUUCUCCCGCAGCUCCGAUAAAGACUGAGAUUCCUGAAGAUGUGGAUGACGUCCGCAGUUCUCCUGAUGCCUCCGUGACACGGCUUUCACGUUCCCCUAGCCCCAGCCCCGUGAAGCGCGAACGGAGUCAAGGACAGGACAACGGAAGGCCACAGAGUGACUCCACGGCGGCCAACCCGUUUUUGAAACUCUUCCCACAGGUGGACACGCGAGGAUCCGCUCCCACCUUUCCAGCUAUGAUGCAUGGCCACCUUGGAGGAGUUCCCUCAUCGUUGUGGCCUGCGUUCUCCCUACCAGGACUAGGUGUUCCGGUAGACCUUUCACAGCUAACAGCCCUACGGCCGCCCCAUGACCUUGCGCGACUUCUUCAGGCACAACACAAUCCGAGCCUGCAUGUUGGAAAACUAUUGCUUGAGCAACAAAGGUCACCAUUAUCAGGCGCUCCCGUUACUAGCGCUGGAAUCGAUGGGGUGCCAGGUGUUGGAGGCAGUUUGGGAGCCGCGGGACACCGAGGGGUAAUUGGCGGCUCAAAGCCGAAAGUGGCCACCCCGCAGGUGGUUGCCAAAAUUGAGUCGUACAAGAGGGAGAAUCCGACUAUAUUCGCCUGGGAAAUCCGAGAGCGACUGAUUGCCGAUGGUGUAUGUACGAAUAGCACUGCGCCGUCUGUAAGUUCAAUCAACCGGAUCUUGCGUAAUAGGGCUGCGGAACGAGCAGCAGCUGAGUUUGCUCGUGCGGCCGGUUAUGGCGUCGGGGGUGUUGGGGGUGUCGCGGCCCUUGGUAUGGGUGUAGGCGGAAUGCCCUUGGGGGCAUUGGCGCAGACGCAAGCUGGUACGAAGAGCUUAGCUGGACAGGUCCAGUCAGGCCGAGGCAGCUCGAGCAGCCCCCCACCCCCGCCGCAUAUUUGGUCUCCUGCCUUUCUGCCCUUUCAACCGCAUGGUGGCCAAGGUCUUUCCGGCCGAGACCACUCGGGCAACCCUGGACUAGAUCAAGGUGAGCGCGGCAGCGGCGACGAGUCUAACGGCGAAUCAGACGAUGCUGAUCGACCGAAAUUUCGACGGAACCGAACCACAUUUAGCCCCGAACAACUUGAGGUGCUUGAGGAGGAAUUUGAUAAGACACACUACCCUUGCAUCGAUACACGAGAGCGGCUAGCUGCGAAAACUGGCCUUUCGGAAGCCCGUGUUCAGGUGUGGUUCUCGAACCGGCGAGCAAAAUGGCGUCGUCAUCAGCGAAUGAACUCGUUAGGCGGGGCCUCGACCCCCCAGGGGCAUAAAGGUGGAGAAUCGCCGCUCGCAGAUUCUCCUGCGCCUCCAUCGCCUCCGCCGCCGCCUACAGGUCACCUCAACAAUGGUAGCGGCUUGAAUCACCCAUUCUCGAUCAACAAUGUCCUGAUGCGAUUGAGUGCACAGGCUGCCGGCCGAGGAGCUGUCGCCUCAGGCCUACAAUCUCUGAUAGGAAACUCGACCGCAUCCUCAUCGGCCCAUCUAAGGGACAGUAUGGCACCGGCGCUGCAUCACUUCUCAGCGUUUACCAAGCCGGCUCAGCAAAACGCCACUGAGGAAGAAAGCAAUGCCGAUAACAACAAUGACGACCUUAGUCGGCCAGCGAGCCCAAUUAAGGUAGACUAACUUAAUGAUAAAUAGAUACGAAAAGAAUAUCGAAGGAGUGCGCUAGCAGCAUCGACUGCACUUAAGUCGAUAGCUACUUGCUGCAAAUAUAUAGCCGCUUACCGAUAACCCGUCAAUACCCAGUAUCUUCGUAUCUCUCAGUAGUAGUUGAAGGCUGUGUAACACGCGAAAGCGUGGCAACAGCAUAAUAAAGUUACUCUUGUGAAUCGAACAGAUCUCGAAACGAAACCAUCGCAUCUCCUAUGGUUUUUACGCUGCCUAGUUAGCUAGGACGACUCAAUAUAAUCUCAGCUGAUUUCAUAUAUUCAAUUCUUUAUUAUGUGGUAGUUGAAAAAUGUGGGGUGCUUCUCCCGUUUCUUCUUUUUCUUUUAUUUCCCACUUUCCUAUUUGGGAGGGGGGGGGGAGGGGAUCCCUAAUCUUCCGUCGAAAAAGUGGCAUCCAUCUACGGGCUUCCUUUACCUUUCCCCCUAUUUGCUUAUGGUAUUUAAAUGUUUAGAUAUGACUGCAUUAUAAAUAGGAUCGUAUUUUACACCUUGUAAAUACAUGUUCUACCAUAACAGUGAUAAUAUGCUAUAGUAACGAGGCUCUACGUAGUGGCAUCAGAAGACCAGUGUCCAAUCAGUGAAGACUUAUAAUUACAUAACAAUAAUAAUAAAAAUAACAAAACACAAUUGUAGUUUUCCCGCACAUAUAUAUAUAUACAAUGCCCAGUUGUGCCAAUACUGGUUAUUAGACAUUUGAAGAAGGAGUUUUUGCACAAACAAUCCUGAUCUAUUGCUAAAUAAAUAAAACCAUGAAGUAUUCGCUUGAGUCUAGUCAAAACCAAAUGCUAGCUAUAUUAUUAUUAGUACCAAUACAAUGAAAGGAGAAAUCGUUCCCAUAUCCUCUGUACAUACAAUGUAUGCUGUUCAACCUUCUUGUGCACGUCAA